GGUCCUUAAGCUCAUAUUAAUCGGGCUGGCUUUCUUUUUACUUAUAUGAACAAACGUUCUAAAUUAUUUUAAUACGCACAGAGUCUAUUACGCGGUCUAAGAACGCAGCUUUUGCAACGAAUUUCUAAAAAAACGUAAAACUAAAAUAACGAUAAGCAAACAUUUUGAUUUUAUGAUCUGAUAGCUAAAAAUUUUAGUUAAGUUAUUUAACGCCUCCCAUCAACCACCUCACCAACAGACGAAUUGUAAUAAAUAUAGUAAAUAAUAUAUAAUGCAAACUUUAAGAUUUUUAAGUAGAUGUUUGAAGGACCGAAAACUACUUCAGAAUCAAAAAUGCGUGAAGCCCGCUCGGCGGUUCACGAGUAGCAGUAGCCUGCCAAACUUUAUAUUGGUUGAUAUGGAGGAGCAGGACGAUCUUGAGAAUGAUGAUGAUUUCAAAAUUCAUCCUAUAUAUCCCAUAUUGGGAAAUCGUUACUCCGAUCUCUUCUAUAUGCCACAUAGCGUUGGACCGGCCUAUCAGGAUCUGUUCACCACCGCCGAUCAAUUCGAUUUGAGCAAAUAUCAUAAGUCGAUCGCUUGGAAAGGCAAGCCGAUUCGAGCGCAGGUGGUGCAAUGUCCCAAACUCUUGCUGACCCACAUGAAGCGACUGUUUACUAUUCCUUAUUCCAAAUUCAAGGAUCCCGGCAAUUUUAGCAUCUUCAAUUUAUACUUUGAUAGUGAUGUAAACAGUGCUAUCAAGGCAUUUGUUCUCAUAGCCUCGCAAUAUUCCGUGGAGUUUAUGCAGGAUGGCUAUUGGUCGGACUUUGUCAAUCCAUUUACGGGUCGUGCAUAUUUCCGACCAGCUGCGCGGCGCACUUUCUGUACUGUGAAUCAGCCGCGCUGCGUGGGCCACAAUAUAUUUUUCAAGGAUAUUCAUGGAUGCACUGUCAUCAAGGAGGCUAAGAAAUGCACCUUUGCCGGCGCCAUCUUUAGCGAUGUGCCUGUCAACUAUUUUGACUGAGCACUAACUUUAAACAACCGCACACAAAAAACAUACUCUGAUUUCCCAUUUUCAAUGGGAUCAAGGUGUAAAAAUAAUUACUGUGCACAAAGUAACAAUUUUUUUAUAUUAAAUGUCAUGGUUCCUUGUCUACAUUAACACGUCCUUUAAGUUUGUGCGUAAAUAAUUA